CCGCCGGAAGCGGGGCGGAACUUUGUUGUAGAUGUGAGGAACGGGAAGCCCUGAAGGGUCAAAAGGAAUACAAAAGCAAAGGCUAUUUUCUUCUCUUUUUUUUUUUCUUUACCUCUUUAUUUCUUUUUUUCCUAAAGAGCAAGCGCCCUUUGUGGUGGCAAUUUGGAGUGGUCGCCGUCGAGGUGAGGGAGUCUUGCCUCCCGCGCGCCGGUAGACAGAUUGUUCCAUAAUGGAUGGAGGUGAUGAAGGUGACCUUGUUAUCAAAAAGAGGUUUGUGUCUGAGGCAGAACUAGAUGAACGACGCAAAAGGAGGCAAGAAGAAUGGGAGAAAGUUCGAAAACCUGAAGAUCCAGAAGAAUGUCCAGAGGAGGUUUAUGACCCUCGGUCUCUAUUUGAAAGGCUACAGGAGCAGAAAGACAGGAAGCAGCAGGAGUAUGAGGAGCAGUUCAGAUUCAAAAACAUGGUAAGAGGCUUAGAUGAAGAUGAGACCAAUUUCCUUGAUGAGGUUUCCCGGCAGCAGGAACUAAUAGAAAAGCAGCGAAGAGAAGAAGAAAUGAAAGAACUGAAGGAAUACAGGAGUAAUCUCAACAAGGUUGGACUUUCUUCGGAAAACAAGAAGGAAGUGGAAAAGAAAGUGGCUGUGAAACCUGUAGAAACCAAGAACAAGUUCUCCCAGGCCAAGCUGUUGGCAGGAGCUGUGAAGCAUAAGAGCUCAGAGAGUGGUGGCAACAGUGUGAAAAGACUGAAAUCAGACCCUGACCCAGAUGACAAGAAUCAAGAAGCCGCAUCCUGCAUGUCCCUUGGAAGCACGUCCUUGAGCGGUCCCUCCAUCCACUGCCCCUCGGCUGCAGUUUGUGUCGGCAUCCUCCCAGGUUUGGGCGCCUACUCUGGGAGCAGCGAUUCUGAGUCCAGCUCAGACAGCGAAGGCACUAUCAACGCCACCGGCAAGAUCGUUUCCUCCAUCUUCCGAACCAACACCUUCCUUGAGGCCCCCUAGCUCCUGUGUCCUCACCACAGGGUACUCCUCCCCAAGAGUAGACAGGACGGGUUGCUCUGCCUGUAGGCAUUACCUCCCUCAGAAAACUCCUUGCCUGCUUCCUGUGCACACUGUGACGUUUUUAACCUCAUCUAAAGAUGUGCCAGAAUCCA